GUGAAGUGUACGGAUUAUCACAUCUGUUUUGAUCGCGGAUCAGUGUAGAAAUCAUGGGAAAUGGGAUGAACAAGGUAGGGUUGUUAUGUUUGUUGUGUACAUGCAGCAUUUUUUUGUCGAGGAGCGACAGAUCCGUUAUUCGCGGUGACAGAGCAUCUCACUGUUAACUUGGAUAUUUUUCCCUGAUUCGCUGUCAUUCUUCUCUCAGUUUCUUUCUGGUUUUGUGAGAAGCGCUAUUACCAGGACGAAAAGCUGUAUGUUUCCAAUGUGUUUAGUUCUGCUAAAGAAUAAUGUAGAAACGCUUCAAUCUUUGAUGUAAAAAGCUAAAUCACCAUAACUGCUCAGGUUGCAUUUGUGUUCAUGUUGGGAAUGUUUUAAUUGUUCGAGACUGUAGUUUCGUCUGUUUAUUUCAAGCUACCGGGAAGCGUUAACCAAACAAGAAAGGCUUGGUAACUCGUUUAUUUAAGGUUUAUUCAUGUCCAGCCAUAGCCAAGUUUGCAAAAUGUUUAAGUUAUCGAAUGUUUUUUAAAAAUAAUAUACGUCUGACGUCACCUUCAAAAAUCGCUGAAGACCUUACGGAAGCAGAUGUUUCGAACUGUAUUUGAAACAUAUCGCUGAUCUGUGGAAAAUUAAACUAGAAACGUCAUUUCAAAAUUUUUAGUCAAUUGUUUUUCUUUCAAAGUCUGCAUUUGACAGAUACUCCAGACAGAUACUCCAGGGCUCAAAAUAACGGCCGGUCAACGGACAAUGUCCGGCCUGAUCGUGGGCUUGACCUGUCAAACUCUCGUCUGGCCGGUCAUUUUGACCGGCCAUUUUUGGAUGCUUGUCGCUUAAUGCGUUUUGCUCUAUAACGCUGUACUUCGCUGCUUUCUUUGGCUUUUUUUGUUGCUUUGCACUAAACCCUUUAAAGAAAAACGUUCUGCUUUGCUGUGAUCAGUAAUGCGACCUUCUUUGGGAAAACAUUCGCUAACAAUAAUCUGUUAUUUUUUAGAAAACUAAAGGAUGAGUGACAGUUUUUGUCCAUCAAACGUUUCACAUCUACUUGUAACAGGAUUGUAAAAAAUCACCUUUGACGGGAUUCGGGCUAAUCGAUCGCUCGUCCUGUACUGUUUCUCUGGGAAUAAAUUUCAGAGCAUUGAUUAAUUAUAAAAUUUUUUUACGUUGAACAUAAUCUCAUUUGUAGACUCGAUUCCCUGAUAAAAACUAAGCUAAUCGAGAACGAAUGUCGCCUAUCUCUGCUAUAUCGGCGCUUAAAAUCCUCCUUCUUGAUAAGCCGUUCGCGAUAAAGUGUUGCGCGACGACCCAAACGAAAGCUCUCUAUUGUAUAUUUAUUGACUUCUGACGACGAAUACCCUGUUUGCGGAACAAAUUUCUUGCCAAAUCAACUUCUUUGCCGCAAAUAAUUAUUUAGUGACGAAAUUCUUCUUUGUGGAGGAGACUUUCGAUCACGUGCUGGGCAACGAAAAGGAUCAAGUUUCACCGAUAUGCAGAUAUAGGACGAACCUUGGAGACUUCCGACACCGCCGUACGAUGAUGCUGAAGGUAUGUAUAAACGGACAUAAAACGGGCGAAAAUCGUGGAAAGGAACUCAACAACGUGUGAAUGAAUUUUUCACCAACUUGCCGGCAAAAACUCGAACAACAAUGCCGUACUGCCAGCGUAAUUCGAUAUUCCAUGGGCAACAAAGUAAUUAUAAUAUUCAUUAAUUUGACUGGCCAAAAUUGGGGUUUGUCCGGGCUAAAAAAUAUUUGGCCGGUCAUCAUGACCGGCGACCUGCUGUCCGUUAUUUUGAGCCUUGAUACUCGAAAGAUAGUGUUAAGUACAGCUGGACUGUUUUGACAGUUUUGAGUCUUCUUUUCGAUACCCUUUAAUUCUGAAAAGUAUCACUAUGGUCUGUUGUAUCAUUAGAAAUAUUAUUACCUUUAUUUACACACUUAUUUGUUUUAUUUUAUAUAUUCUGAAUAGGUUCUUCCAGGUCUUUACCUGGGAAAUUUUCGAGGUAUGUUGUAGAUUGUUACAGCCAGUGGCUAAGUUACAUGUACGAGAAGUCUGCCAUUUACUUUCCCUUCUUUGUCAAACAAACAUGUCUCCUGGGCAUUUUAUGUAAUGUUUUGGACAUUCUCUAUUGAAACUUUUUGCUUUCUUGGAAAUGUUUACCAUCAUUACUUAAAUUUUGUGCUUCUAAUAUAAAUUUAUUGUUUUCAUACAAGCUGCUGAUUGGCUCACAACUAAGUUUCUCUUAUUUGAGAGAAUUUGAUACAAGAUCAAAGCAUUUCCCCUUUAAGAUUAUUUUAUUCAUUCUCAUAACCCUUUCUUUUGAUUAUAGGAGAAAAUUGAUGUUGACGACUCUUGGGAGUUAAUGGUUUUUGAAGCGAAGAGCUGCUGGGUUCCCUUUUUUAUUAUUUUUCUUAGAGCACAGCCCUGCACUUGGACUGUUUAUAGGAGAGACACUAAACAGCACCAAGAAUUGAAUUUAAGUUGAAUCAUCACUUGUUUUUUUGCUUUGUUUUAGAUGCCAAAGACAUGGAGCAAUUGAAACAGAAUAAAAUUACUCAUGUACUUUCUAUACACGAUAAUGCCCAACCAGUGUUAGAGGUAUGUAAUGUUCUACUGGGUUUUCUUAUUGAUGCGUGUUAGCAUGUACAUUUAACAGUUAUUGAAUGAGGCUGAGUAUCUUUUGAAGAAUUAUGGAGAUCAAGGAGGGUGUUAGAUCUGUCAAGGCCGUAGGCUGAGGAGGAUAACACCCUCCGAGAUCUCCAUAAUUCUUCAUGUGUAUGAAAGCCGAAUUCAUUCAAAAUAAUUCCUAGUUUAAAGAUAAUGCACCUAUCAAUGUAAAUCCCUUGGGGGGGGGGAGUGCGGGCAAGGGGCGGGGAUUUGAUGCCUGAGACUAUCCCCCUGUCGGGCUUUUGAUCGUGCGAAGCAACCCCGGGGUCGGGACAUUUGACGUUGACCGACAGAAGCCUGGUAUCAAUUCAGAAGCGGUUACCAAGUCCGUCCCUCAAGGCUUUCUGAAAGUCACGUUGUUGGAGAAAGGUGUGAAGUUUUCAUUUGUUUUAAUCGCCAUAAUCCGGUACUUUAAACUGUCAUCUAAACAGAUAAUGUCUAUUUUGAGAAAGUUUUUAUCUUCAAGUUCCCAUCUGAUUGAAGUCAGAGGAUUUUUGAUGGGUCACUGAUCCGACCUGUUCCGACAUGUUGAGCAGAUGUUAUGAAGCAUUUUACGUUUCAUAAAUAUUAUAAUAGCACAGUCAGUCUUCCUAGAGUUAUUUUGUUGUUCAGAAUAAGAGAUUCUAGUGGAGAGAGAAAUACUUAAUAACAGCGAGUAAUUUAACGGAGCUUAUGCUUAGUAAGGACGUACUUUUGAAAUGUUCUUUUAAUUCGUUUUAUACAGUAUUAUAGUAUUGUUUGUUUAGAUUUUUUCCCCUGGGGUGGGGGCUUUUUUCACACUUUUGAUUGACCUUUUGUUUCUCACCCUGAGGAAUUUGAUCCGCACUCCCCCGCCCCCCCCACGGGGUUUACAUUGAUAGGUGCAUAACGCUAAAACAUGCUUACCUCCAUCGAUGUUAAGUUUACCUUCGAUGGUGCACAUUUAGGGUUGUUCAGCCCUGCAAAUAUUCUCCAAAUAGCAGAUGUCGCCCUUCGAGUUGUGUUCUUGCUGUUCUUGCCAUGUUUUUAGCUAUAAUUUUGCCUAGUUCUCACUCUUGAAACAAGUGAAAUGACCUCCAUUUUUGGUUUUCACAACCAAAACAACUCAACCUCGUCCCCAGGUCCUCUUGGUUGACAGUGCCUUGACCUGCCAGAAUGCUGCAUUUUUGACAUCAUUUCCUCAUUAAACACAAAAUUCUUCCACAUUUGGUCAUCAGUAACUGGUUAUGGUGAAUUAUGCAUGUGCUUAUAGCCAAUCAGAAUUGGGGAAAUAUUUUGAAUGAAUAAUAAUUUGUAUUAUUUUAUUAAAAAUGGCUUAAUCAAGAUGAGGUGAUUCCUGUGUCCUGAUUGGCUACUUGAGUGGUCGAGAUGGGCCCAUCUUGCCUUCUUGGUAUCUUUGGCAUUGGUCCUACAAGGAAAAAAUUCUAAUUCUGGCUGUGCAAUAAAUCCUUUAUUGACUACAAGCUUGUUGGGUCUAAUGACUUGAUAUUGGCCUGCUCUCUCUCUCUUUUUUUUUAUAGAAAUUGACUUUGCCUUCGUCCAUAAAAAUGCCAAAAUGAACCCUGUGAUUUUGUUGCAAAUAGUUAUGGUGAGUCCUGGGACUCAUCUUGUGAAAAAUCACGAGUCUCAGUCUAGAACCAUUUAUUCCCAGUUCAAAAAAUGUGUCCAAAAUUGAAAAUGCUUAGACCUCUAUGUAACCAGACAGUUAAUCUGAAGACAGACUCCAAAACUCUGUAUUACAGUAUUCUGAAAUUAAAAUAUAGUGAGUCCUUCUACUUUAAAGCACAGCAAAGGCCAAAUGAAAGGUGCAUUGCUAGACAUUAGCCAUAAUAACUCAAACUGCCACAGUAAAUGUGUAAUUACACAAACAGAAUAUUUCAGAUCGAUCAGUAGAUAUUUGCAUUCCAUGGUACGCAUGCCAUGAAUUAUUUUGCGUCUUUGGGGAUUUUUAUGCUUCAGGGAUGUAAGACAUACAUGUACAUGUAGAGGUAACAAAAUCACUGUGAACUUGGCCAAUAUCCAGUCAUCUUGACUUCAUGCUUAGUCUGUAAUGCAUGUACACCUGUAACUUUGUAAUUGACAAGUACAGUUACAUUGUACAUAUUUAAGGUCUAUUGUAUAAAAUCGUACACUGUAAAUACAUCGAAGUUUCAAAAGAGGGUAGUGGCGGUAGUGACCUUCUAAAAGUAAGGAUAAAAUCUUGCAGUUGCUCCCAAUUCCAAAAGAAGCAAUCUCAUAGAAUUGAGAUGCUCUGAAAGAAGCAACCUCCAAGGUAAUAUCUUCUUUUAAAUGAGAAAUAACAGAGGUAUAAGUAAUGGUAACAGGACUGAGUGGAGUCCAAUUCAGAUGAAGAUGUGACCUUUUGAACCCACUGAAGUAAGCCUGUGUUUGCUGAGAUGUCCAUUAGUCAGAACAGGUUUUUAAUUUUAAUUGAAGAUUCUUGUUAAGAUAUGUUCUUUUAAUUUUGCUUCCACAGCAUUUAAAAUACAAAUGCGUUAAUGCAGCAGACUCCCCAGACCAAGAGUUGUAAGUGUUGUAAUUCUCCAAAAGAUGCAAAAUAGAUUUACAAGCCUGAUGCACAUUGCAAUAUACAUGUAUUGUGUUCAGGGCUGUGCUCUAGCAGAGCCUGGUGGCCGAUGGCACCCAACUUUUGUUCUUGGGACUAGAAAAUCUUACUUUUUUCAUACAAAUCAUAUGCUGGGCACCCUAGAUUUUACAGAUUCAGGGCCCGGUUGCAUAAAACGUCCGUAACAACUACGGGUACACGUAUGUGCACUCGUAACUUAAGUCAGUUGCAUGAAAUCACUUAAGUGGUCCACUUAGGGAAUUCACUUAAGUGGUUGCACUUACGAUUUUCGUAAGUGUUCACUUAAGUGUCGUUUAUGCAACAGAAAUUGCGGGUGUUACAUAAAACUUUUUUUACGGGAAAAAUAGCAUGUAAAUUUACGGGACCUAUGUAGGUCCCGUAUCGUUACUGUUUUUACUAAAUUUAACGAGAUCUGUUACUGUGAAGUGAAAAAACUGAACUUUAUGGCGCGACAUAAUGUAAUUUAUAUCGAGGCGUGGUGCGCACUUGAUAUUCCGCUGGGGUUGGCUUGUACCAGGCACGGAUUCGAUACUAGCAUUAGUUUGGCCACUCAGGUUUAAGUAGGUCACAUGCCUAGUAUAUGAAAGACAGUUCCAGCGAGAUAUUUUUCCUUCCUCCUCUCGCCAUCAGAUUGAACAGAUCCCCAGAAAAAAAGUAUUUUUCUUCACGUAAUUUGUUCUAAUGCGCUUUGUGAACCUCUGAUGUACACUUUUGUGAAAAAGGAAGAACUAUCAUUUUCAGUAGAUAUUGAAGAAAAAUAACGUUUGCAUGUGAAUUUCAUUUUUUGAGAGGCUUAAAAGUGUUCAAAACGACUUUUAACUUUCUUUACACUCACCGAUGGUUAGCUAAAUAAAAAAAAAAGAGUGAAUCAUUAAUAAAGUACUAUAUCAAGGUCACGUGUGCCCUUAAGUGAGCCCGUAAGUUACCAUGUAAAACAGAAACUUACAAGAGUGCUAAGUGUGUUCCAUGCAACACCCGUAAGUAUACCCAUAACGGAUUCGUAAGUGACCUACUUAAGUGAGCACUUAAGUGCGGGUUUUAUGCAACCGAGCCCAGAGCACUGGGCUCCCUUCAAUUUUCCUUAGAGCACAGCCUUGGUGUUAUACACUUUCAUGUCCAGGGCUGUGACUGAGGGCCUGGGGUUGGAGAUUUUCCCCAGCUACUGUGAGCAUCAACCCUGGCUACUAUCAGAGGAAACAAGAGGAAAAAAACAAACAAAUAAAACAACAACAACAACAAAACAAACAAAAGAGCUUCCUAGCUGUUCAACUUCCUGCCUGCUAAUUGCAUUAUAUCCAGCAACUUGAAAUUUUAGUGACAGCCCUACCUAUCACUGCAAACUCAUACACUUGUUUGUUUUUUUUGUCAGCAAGUUUGAUAGAUAUUAUUAUUAUUAUUAUUAUUAUUAUAUUAUUAUUGUUAUUAUUAUUAUUAUUAUUAGUUUGAUAUCAUUAUUAUAGAAUUUCAGUGUAUACUGUAUCAAGGGUGUCACUAAGAUUUCAAGUUGCCGGGUAAAUACAACAAGUAGGUGGGGAAUAAUACAGCUAGGGAUUUCUUUUGGUGCUACUUUUCUUCUGUUUUCCUAUGAAAGUAGCAAAGGCCACAUUCAUAGUAGCUGGGGAAAAUGCCCCCCCUCUCUUAAUGACAGCGCUGAUACUGAUUUGAGAGGGCUAAUGGUGGUGUUAGAAAAUAAAGUUAACAACUAAACACACUUAUUUUUCAGAUCAGUAUUCUUUCAGGAAUGCAUUGAUUUUAUUCAUAACUGCAGGUAAUGUAAAUAUCAAACCGUUUUCAUUCUCAAAGUAGCUUCUUGUUGAACUUUCGGUUCAGCUUUACCAUGGGGCCACGUAAAGUUAUGAAGAAUUAACUGGGCUGCAAUCCCCAAUCCCCGGGCUAAUUCUCAUAAUUCGGAUAUUGAGAAGAUGCAGGCCUUAACCCAUCGAUACAGUGGGUUUCUGCUAGGAGCCUCGUUUCUAUAAAAGAGAGUUGUGCAGAGCUUUAGGGCAUGGCUGUCUAGCUGUCUUUGCCUUUCAGAAUGAACUAAAGAAAACUGGUGUUCAUGGUUAUCUGACAAAAACCCAUUACUAUGAACCAGCAUUUUCCCAAGUUAGCCUAAACAGGUUCUUACAUAAAUGGUAAUUAGCACAAGUUUAGGCUUUUUACCUUUUUAACGCUUUAAGCACCAAUAUUCACAAACAAAUUCUUCAAACUGGUCUCUAUACAUUUUCUUAAAGAAUAAGUUGAGAGAAUUUGAUAUAAGAUCAAAGCAUUUUCUCUGUAGUGAUCAUUUUAUUCAUUCUCAUAACCUUAUCUCUUGACACUGUAUGGGUAUGGUUAGGAGAAAAUUGAUGUUGAUCACUAUGGGGACUUAAAUGGGUUAAAUAGGUUCUUAUUUUCUGAAGAAAAAAACACAUUGCAGAUAAGAGUAUUUAGUGGUACUCAGCUCAUUUCUUACAUGUAGGUAAAACCUGUAUAUCAUUACCAUUGCAGUUGGAGUGAGAAGGCACCUAUGUCUCCAAAGAGGCAGGAUCCUGAAUGUUGACAAUUCUUAUUUGCCCAAGUGUAUUGAUUUUUAAAAACAGCUUUUACAAAAUAGUAACCUGUUUCAAAUUUUAGGCAACGUAGGUUCUUGUAUGGAGGGGGCCUAACUGUCAAAUUUCAGCCGAACAGGUUCUUAAAAACCAGGUUCUUAGACUCAGGGUUUUACUGUAGCCGAAUUUCUGACUAAAAUAUUGCUCGAUGGAUGUCCUCUGCUUUUUAAGGAGUAUCUGCAAGUGAAAGAAUUGUCUUUAUCUGAAACCAUGCCGAGAAAAAGGCAAAAUGUUUGAGGAAAAUCUACAAGGAGGUACAUGAAUGGUUGUUUAGAACGUAGAAAUAUUUUUAAUGAAUAAUAAAACAAUUUAUUGAAUUCGUCUUCCGUAUUACGUGAAGAAUUUGCAGAUCUCGGACGAUGUUAUCCACCUCGGCCUUCAGCCUCCAUGGGUAAUAUCCUCCUCGAUCUGCAUAAAUCUUCACAGCCUCAUUCAUCAAUUGUUAAAUACACUGUAUACUCUACACUGUACCGAGAAUUACAGCUGUACAGGGAGGCCUUGUUUACUAAAAUUAUACAGUGUACAAAUUAAAGCUUUUUAAUUUAACCUUGUAAUUUUUUUCUUAUUGCAGGAUUAAUAAUGGCGCUUGCUUAGUUCACUGGUAAGUUAUAUUAGGUCAUAUUUUAUAAUAGUUUUCAAUGGUCAGAAGGGGUAGCUCUAGUGUGCUACAAAUUAUUAAUGUGGUUGUUAUGUUUAUUUUGUAUCUUAUUACUAGUGCUUGUGUACGUGUAAUUUGAAUUGCGUAAGUUAAAUAAAGUAAAUUUCUUUAUUAAAAAGGUAUUUCGAAGCUUAUUUUUGUGCAGAAGACUAUACGGUAUUUCCUGUGUACGUCAUCUUUUGUUGUGAUAGCUAGCACAAAAAGGCACCGCAACCUAUUUCAACUUUUCACGCGUCUUAUGCAUGGCUAGUUUCAUGAAAAAAUUUUGCAAGGAGUUUCGGCGUUAACAAAGUCUUCUGUUGGUUCAAAGUAUGGCAGGAAUUUCGCGCUCUACCACCAUUGUAGCGGCAUAUAUCAUGGCCGUCACAGAACUCAACUGGAAAGACUCCAUUAAAGCCAUAAAAUGCUCGAGGUCAAUCGCCAAUCCGAACUAUGGAUUCCAGAGACAACUCCAGGACUUCUGGAACUUACAAGCAUCCAAGGUACAGUAUUUGCAUGUACUCUACAGUGACUGUUUCAUUAGUGUAACAACAGGUUUUCAGUGGUUUGCAUUAGAGGCCUUUAGAUUGGAGGACGAGAACGACUACCAAGACCUAAUUAUUUUCGCGUAUUCUCAAAAGAUAGUUUAUUGUACCUUUUUCAACAGAGAAGCACAGCAAGGUUAUUUUAGUUGAAGAAAGUUACGCCCUCUCCCGAUUGCAAAAUGAUAAAAGGUGUAACAUUUGGUUACUUGUUUCCUUCCUGACUAUGACAUUAUAAUCUUAGAUCUAUCAAGCCCAAUUUUAGCAGCUUCCAUACAUUCUCUCUUACGUGGUUUCGUUUCGCCUUUAGGGCAGAAUUUUAUUUAAAAAACUUAACUAAAAUAGAGCCUGAUCUCUGGUUAAUGACAUUAGAGACCUUCAGAUUUGAGGACGAGAACCACUAGCUACAUGCAGGAGGACGAGAUUCUAAUUUAAGUUCUUUUUAGCGUAUUCUAAAAAAUAUACACACCGGAGAACUUCAUUGUGCUUUUUUUUUCACCAAAAAAGUUAGCACGGUUAUUUUUAUUGAAGGAGACUAAGCCCUCUCCCGAUCGCUUAAUGAUGAUAGAGCUUCUGACCGUUUCCGUCACUAUGACGACUAAAACCCGUAGUAAAAUGACGACGGCUACCACGUUUUCCCGCCAAAAUGACGCUGAUUCACCCAGUAUUGAAGAAAUCCCGUUCUCGUAGUCGUCAUCGUCUUGUUAGGGACCUUAAGAUCCGAGGACGGCGACGGCAGUGAAAACGUUGCUGAAAAAGUGAAUUCGCGUUCUUUCAAUCUUCAUCGCGAUUACUCGAAGUCACUAACUUUGUUAAAUGUAGGCGAACCCUCCUAAAGUUGAAUUCCUAAGAACCGUAUCCAAGUUCAGAAAGAGAGAGGAAAUGUCGUCGUCGCUUUCAUUUUCACGUCGUAGUCGUCAUGUUGUUUGGUAAUUAAACCUUUGGGUGGUCCUGUUGCCGUCGUUUCUUAAGGUCCUUAUUGGAGGAGGAAAGAUCCUAGUACAAUUAAGAUCCUAGAAGGCGUAACAUCAUGUCGUUUAGUUUACAAUGUACCUGCAGAAAUUUCGGUGCGUGUGGAUUCCAAGUACAGAAGGAUCGAGAAGGAAUUAAAGUCAUUAAAGAUGGCGGGCGGCAAAAAAAACAAAACAACAACAACAACCAAAAAAAAAACAGCAAGUUGGGCCCUUCUGCUAUCUUUACUGGAGCUGAUAACUACCUUUCAGCAGAAUUAUGACAAUAAUCAGGUCGUGGUAAUCCCAGACGAAAUGAAAAAACAGCCUAUAUUACCGUGAUUAGCCACUGAACGUCCCGCCCCAAGUUUUGUCUGGUUUGUCCCUAGUACUAGGAUCUUCCAAGCGAAGGCAGUUUACAUGGUGUUAGGAUCUUCCUAGUACCAGGAUCUUCCUAUCUCUCGGCAAGAUCCUAUAGCUAGGGACAAGUGCUACCCUUUGCGUGUAAACUGAAUACAGAAAACAUAUAGCGCUAGGAUGAUCCGCCUUCUAGGAUCUUCCCGGUGCUAGGAUCUUUCUCCCUCAUUGUAAACAGCCUCUUAGAAUCUAAAUGUCUCUAACUUUUGUGAAACCCGUACAGUAGAAUGACUACGGAUAUCACGUUUUCCCGCGUAAUCGUCUGUUUCCUAAUGCGUAUGGGCUAUUGAAAACGUUGUGAAUAUUAAGAACAAAUAAUUUUUCGUCGAUACUGAUGAUUCGAAAAAUCAUGUCUUUGUGCUAGGAACGCGAAAGAAUUAGAAAAGACUUUCCAGAUCAUGCUGAUUUUAAGGAUGAGGAAUAUCUGAAAGAACUUUUGGCAAAAAGUGAAGAAGAAGUUGUUUCGGAUGAAGAUUCCAUUCCUAGUGCGUUAAAUCGACAAAACAACAGGAGGAAAUUUUAUUAUGUUUGUAACGAAAAUGAAACGGCGCAGGACGACGGGAUUACCACCACCACGGGGUAGCUACAAAGAUGGCCCCUUCAGCCUUGUUACAGUAUGAACAUUAUUUUGUUGGGACAAUGCAAUCAAAAAAUCGUCUGUUAAUCACGAUCGUUAGUUAAGUAGAGGUUCAUAUCAUUUCAGGGAGCUCGAUUGGGAGAGAAAUACAAGAAAUUAGCGUUUGAUCAAGGCAGCUGAAAAUGUUAAUGUAUCACUCAGGGGGUCCACUGCUAACCUUUUGUCAAUUGCUUAUCUCAUAUUGGGAUAAGACCAAAUUUCAUAUUUUGUCGCGAUUAUUCCGACUCGCCUAAAUUUUUGAGUAAAGGCGAUUCUUUUUUCUGGAGAUGAAAUGUUGGGGCCCGCAUCCUAGGUUACAAAAAAAGAGAACCAAUCGUCGUUGAUUGUUUACGUACAAUGUACUGGUAGCACGUUGCCUUACAAUGUACCCCGCCCAGAGUUGCUGGUUUUCUCUCGAGCUGAAUAGGGAACCUAGAUGGGUUCCGAAAGCUGAGCUCUACUAAGCUCUUUAACUACGGUUGGUGAUUCGAGAAUUGUUUUCUGCGGUAUAAGCAGUUAAAAAUUUAAUUCCCUUACCCUAAGCAUUUUGGUAACCAUCUUCAUGACUGUGGCGUGUUAACUUUAAGUUCAGCGAUGUGACCAUUCAAAUGAAACCUCUCCAGAAGUACUUUCACGUGGUUCUUUUUGUUGUUGUUGUUGUUGUUGUUGUCCGUCAGUAUUUCACAAAAUGAAGUUUGCAGAUAUUCUUGAAGGUUGAUGUCUGACACUCCCGUGGGUGGGAGGGGAGAGGAGAGCUGAAUUUGAACUGAACUUAAUCCUUCCGUCUCAGUUUUAAAAUAUACAUCCUUUUCUCUCUACAUUUAUUGUACAAUAGUAUGAGACAUUCAGUGUUAUACGAAGGGAAUCAAUGAAAUUCAUCUGGCGUGGUUUACUGCUUAUUCUCAUGAUCUCUCCGACUAAUCAAGUACUGAUAAAGAAAUCAGGAAAUUUCAUAAUGUUCGUAAAGAAAAUUUGACGCCGUGUGUCGACAUAAUAACCUGGACAGGGUUAAGCAGUUCACGUUUAAAUACUUUGAAUCCUAGAUAACUACAGACAAAAUAUAGUUCUAACUUCAAAGAGGCUAUGUCACGCUAUUUACUUUUUAUUAACCCUUUAAGUCCCAAGAUCCAAAUUUCGAUUCUCCACACUAAUCUCCAUACAUUUCUUUUAAGAAUAGUUGAGAGAAUUUGGUUUAAGAUCAAAGUAUUGUUCCUUUGGUAAUCAAUCAAGUUAUUCUCUCAACCUUUACUCUUGAUGAUCUGCGAGUGAUGUUAGGAGAAAAUUGAUGUUGGUCAUCCUCGGGACCUAAAGAACGUGUCUGCGCAUCAACUGAAUUCCAAAAAUAAAAGUACAGUAUCGUUAUUUAAAACUAUAUUUAGCACGAGUUGGAAUAGUUUCCUGUCAUCUGUUGCUACGGAUGGCGAUGAUGGACAUGGUUGAAAUACUGAAAAAAAUUGGGCCAAUUUUCCGUAAUUUUUCCGUUAAUUUUUUGCCGGAAAAAAUUGCCAAAAACGUGG